UCUGUGGAACGCACUGCGUGAGGGACAGUGUUCGCUUGAUAUGGGGCAGAGCUAACGUUAGUGGGGUAACCGGGGAAAGCAUAACCACAACCUUUCCUUCACUGUUCGGAGCGGCUUUAUUAAUAUCGUAUUUCCAUAUAAAGAUUCUGCGAAAGCCACCGAAUCUGCUCGAGCUGCCUUGGUUCCUACUUCGCUAUGUCGGCGCCAGAGCUUGCUAGCUAGCGGACUCUUUACAGAUGCCAUUCCACCAGCGGAGAAGAAGGCGGCAUGAAUAAGCAAGAGGGAGGAUGGGUUCUCGUUUUACUGACGGCUAGCUAACCUUAGAGCUUCGCUGAAAACAAGGACAUAUUGAAGGCACAGCAUUCUUAGAUUAUUUAGCACCUCUGUCUGGCGGAGUUUUGUUCGUAAAAUGGUUUAAAGUACUUAUUCAAAUGGGGGUUCGGCCGUCAAGCACCCUCUCUGGGUUGUUGUUCGGCACACGGAGUCAGAAUGUGGGAAAUAGCUAACUAGGUGGCUAGCUAUCCUGCUAGUCGCAAUAACCAAAUGCUGCUGCUGCUACCGUGCGGAUCCGAGCGAGAACACAAGCGGCUGGAGACUUGGGCCCUCACGUUGCCCGAGCUCCUCUUGCUUUAUCGGAGGAAUAUUCGGGGCGAAAAGAUUGUCGUUUGAGAUGUGAUUUUUUUUCUCCGUUUUUAGCCAUAUGUAAGGUUUGUUGAUUUGCUGUUGCUGCGAUGUCCAAAGGAAUAAUGACCGGCUGAACCUCCAAACCAGUUGAGUCUCAUUUGAAGAGGGUGAGGUGGACUGAUAACUAUCUAACGUAAACGGAUAUCUAAAAACGGUAUCUCUGAGGAUUAAACUCCUUGGUCUUACCUGGAACUCGAAGCCACGUCUUUCAUAUCUACUAAUUUAAAGCACCCAGACUUUAGCUGCAAAUAUGGAUAAAUUAACAAUUAUAUCAGGAUGUCUGUUUCUGGCAGCGGAUAUCUUUGCCAUCGCAAGUAUUGCAAACCCCGACUGGAUCAACACAGGCGAAUCUGCAGGUGCCCUGACGGUAGGCCUGGUGCGGCAGUGCCAGACCAUCCACGGACGGGACCGCACCUGUAUCCCCCCGCGGCUACCCCCCGAGUGGGUCACCACGCUCUUCUUCAUCAUCCUGGGUAUCAUCUCCCUCACGGUGACCUGCGGUCUGCUGGUGGCGUCCCACUGGCGCCGCGAGGCCACCAAGUACGCCCGCUGGAUCGCCUUCACCGGGAUGAUCCUGUUCUGUAUGGCAGCGCUCAUCUUCCCCAUCGGCUUCUACAUCAAUGAGGUGGGUGGCCAGCCAUACAAGCUGCCCAACAACACGGUGGUGGGCUCCUCCUACGUGCUCUUUGUCCUCUCCAUCUUCUUCACCAUAGUGGGACUGCUGUUCGCAGGCAAGGUGUGUCUGCCUGGCUGACUGCGGCUACCGCUCCGCCACCUGGACUUUAAGCUGGGGCUGAGGAAAAACAUACAAAGGAUAUAAAGAAAAAGGAGGGAAAAUAAAAUGGACGACUAAAAAGAAAAACACUGGCCAGAAAGCAGGGAUGGGAUGUCUCUGACAGACGGUGUGACGAUAUGCAGCUGGGACGGUUAACGCGGAAUAACGAACUAACUGAGAUGAAUAGACAUGGACGAAUAUGGACGCUGUCGAACUGACUCAGGCUCUUUUUCCCUCUCUGCCUUUGCUUAUUUAAAACAUGUUAUUUUUAAGUUGUUGUUGUUGGGGGGGGCGAGACAGAACGACAGCCGUCCUUUCCCCAAACCCCCUGCUGUUGCCAUGGCGACAGUAACUAUGACGUCACACCUUUCGGAGGCAUUCCACUUCACCUUUCCUGCCCAGCGAGAAAAUAAAACCGUUGUCAUCUCAACCGUUGCUAUUUCUGGCUUCUUACUUUUUCAGUUGUUGUUGUUUUUUUCCCAUUUGGUGUUUUUUGGGGUUGUUGCUUUCUCCUUUCCACCCUUUUUCACUGAGGUGGUUUGAGGUGAAGUUAGGGCCAAUGAACCUCUGGAGGAGCUGGAAGGGUAUAUUAAGAGGCUGCUUAGGGGGUCAUUGUCUCUCUGCCUCCCCCAUGUGUGGCCUGGGUCAAGAGUCACCUCAGCCAUGGUUAGGUAGGAACUAGGGAGGGAGCUAUUGGGGGUAGAGGGGGAAGGUUGGUUAAGAUGACAUCCUAGCUGGCUAGGCAUGAGCAUGUCCCCUUUGGAAGAGGGAGGGUGGACUGCUACAUUGGCCUUUCCAUCUUCACCCUAACCUUAACCCCAGCACCAUGACCCAUAGAAUCCAUGAGAUUUAGACAGGUGCACUGUUCCAGAGAGGGGAGGGUAGGACCCCAGGCCCUGAGGACCAAGGUUCCUUAACUGGCCAGGCACCACACAGUAAGUCAAGCACCUACCAGCUGCUCUACAGGAAAGGAAAAAGGGAAUGAAGACUGAGAGCACCUGGAUUAUUAUGAAACAUAGAUGGGAUCAGGCAGGAGUGAUGUUUGUUUUGUUUUUGCUUUGUAAUAUAGUAAUAAAAGGCACCAGGGACUGCAGGUCAGGUCAUUGUGUGGGGCUGUGCCUCACUACUGUGCUGUGCCCAAUGCCUGUGAAACACGCACACACACACACACACACACACACACACACUAACAGAUUCACAAACACACACAUGUGUUUCGGGCUCAUUCUCUUGGAGAUUGUUUGUUAUUUGUUGUCCAUUUCCAUUCCUGCUCAGCUUUUCUUUGUGUUGGUCUGUAUAAUAUGGAUUGUGAAGAAACCCUUUCUGGUUCCUAGUUUGAUUUGCUGUUGUGCCAUGAUCAGUUGUUCUCUUCACAACAAGGCAGAAUUUCUGUUUUAGGAAGCACUGUGCAUUCAACGGUAGAGCCAAUAGCAGAAGAGGCACCACAAAUGUGUAAAAAAGAGAACUUCUUACCUCAUAUUUUUUUCUUAUUCAAAACUGCUACUAUUAUGUUUUCCAAACCAUGGCGAUGCAUCCCUAGAAAUGGUCUUGCCUUGAUCAGGCAGCUAGGCAUAAAGCUUAUGAUCAAUGCAAAUGAUUUAUCUUUCACUGAAUAAAAAGAGAAAAAAGACUGUGUUUGAGGCUGAUACAAUCACUCUACAUACUGUAUAAGGUUUAUUCUGUUUAAAGAUGUUCAAGUGUUCAACUCCAGGCCUCGAGGGCCACCAUGUCAGCUGGUUUAUGUGUUGCCUGGUUUGUAAUUGAUCAACUAGUGUUGUUGACUGGCUAGGGAGUAGCCAAUCACACCUGGUUGGCCUUGUAGAAACCGGUCUCUGAUAAUAGGCAAUGACAAAAACCAGGGCGAUGUUCAGUAGGAUAACUUUUGAAACAGGGAGGUUAUGUAAAAUUUUAUAUAAAAAAUAUUCCAGAGGACCUCGUUUUAUUUAUUUAUUUUACCACAAAAAUAGGUUAAUUUUGGGGGUGUUCGGUUAGAUUAUUUCGGUUUCUUAUGGAAUAAUCUGUAGAAGAAUGUGCUGUCUCCAAAUGGCCUUCCCCUUGGAACGGUUUAAGACAUUGCACUUUUUUCAACCGAUGUGUUCACACAGACACAAACCUAUGUAGAGGACAGAGGCCACCAAGGUGCAUCUCAGUUGAAGGGCUACAUGUUUUCAGUCUGCCUGUAAAAUGCUUAUUGUUUAUGUGGAAAUGAGCGCCAGUGAAGUUAGUGAAGAACAAAAUGGACAGUACCUUCCCAACCCCGUGACUAUUGAUUAAAGUUGUUUAUUUUUCAAGACAUCUUAACAGUGCUUGCCAUAUUCACCUUUUGAAUUGACUUAAUCUCCAGUUAAGUUUUACAGUCAAACCUAUGAGUGACCUUUCAUUGGUGUUCAUACUGCAUUCAUGUUUCUGUUAAAUGUCUAUUUUGUUCAUAAGUCUGUUUGCUAAGUGUCCAGCCAAGAUUGGACAAAGAUUUACAUCAUGCAACUGAUUUAGUUUUUCCUUCCAUAAUUUACAAAAGCUAAUUAUUUAUAGUGCAAAAAGGAAAGACUGGGAGUUGGGAGAGAUGUAUCCACAGCAAAAUGAUCAUCUGAUUAUGUGGAAGUGCACAUUCACUGUUUGGGUAAGUUAUUAGCAAGACACUAACAUCAUCUGACUGUAUAGAAUAAAAGGUGCCAACUAUGCAACCGAAAAUACAGUGCAAAUAAAGACAUGAGCUCUACAGUUGUAAUAGUCUCCUCUUCCAUCUAAUUACAGUAUAUUGUCUGUCAACCAUCUUGAAAUGAAUCAAUGCCUGUGAUGUGAUCCAUACUCUCAAUUAAAUCCAAAAGAAGGGAACUAAAGGGCCACAUUUACCAAGCACUUGCACCAGUCCAAAGUUUGCACCUGUUAUUUUCUGAGAGAAAGGAAUUAGUAUUUUAAAAUGAAGUUAAACCAUGAAAGUGUCUUUAGUAACACUUGCUUCACUCCCCUUGGAUAACAACAGAUGGAGCAACCUUCGCACCAGAGAAAAACAUUUAAACUGCAUCCCAAGUGGCACCCUAUUCCCUGAUCUGUUGGUAUAUAGAGUAUAGGGUGCCAUUUGGGACACAGUGAUUUUACAAUGCGGAAUGUCCUAAAUCUGGUUGUUUGGAUAGAGAGAGCUGGUUCUUGUUUGGGUAUUAGGUGAAGUCUGCCACUUUGCCAUUCAAAUGAAUUUACCAGCUAGAUUGACCCCCCUAGAGGCUAUGUCCGUGCCCCCGUGGACAUCUAAUUAGCAUAAUAAACAAAUCCUCAUCAAAAUCUGUCUGUUUAAAAUGGAGCAU